CGCGGAGGCGGGGAGACGCGGCGGCGGCGGUCGCGGCAGCGCGAGCACAGUCCCGACGCGGUACCGCGGUGGCGGCGGCGGCGGUGGCGGCUCCAGCGAGCGGCCCCCUCCCUCCGCGCCCCCCUCUCCCCUCCCCGAGGCGCUGCUUCCCGAGGCGCCCGAGCCGCGCGGUGAGGCGGCGGCCAACUCGGGUGAGGGGCUUUGGCUCGAGCGCGGCUUCCCGGGCUCAGCAGAUUGCCCGGGUCGGAAGGAGGGUCAACUCAACAUCCCUUAAAAACACAUUCUCCCAAGAAGAAGGGACAGAAAGAAAGACCACUUUGUAAGAAAGGCUUUGGUAUCCCAUGAACGAGCCAGCCGAACACCGAUUGGGGUGCACCAGGACUCCAGAGCCAGAUAUAAGGCUCAGAAAAGGGCACCAACUUGAUGCUACAAGGGGAGGUAAUAAUGACAACCACCAAGGAGAUGUGGAGCCCAGUUUAGAGACACCUGUUUGUUCUUCCUAUUAUGAAAAUAGCCCCGAGGAAUUCGAGUGUAAUGAUGACAAUUCCCAGGAAGAUGAAGGAUUUAUGGGCAUGUCCCCUCUCUUACAAGCCCAUCAUGCUAUGGAACGAAUGGAAGAGUUUGUUUGUAAGGUAUGGGAAGGCCGAUGGCGAGUGAUCCCUCAUGAUGUGCUACCAGAUUGGCUUAAGGAUAAUGAUUUCCUUCUUCAUGGACACCGGCCUCCUAUGCCUUCUUUCCGGGCCUGUUUUAAGAGCAUUUUUAGGAUACACACAGAGACGGGCAACAUUUGGACACAUCUCCUAGGUUGUGUAUUCUUCCUGUGCCUGGGGAUCUUUUAUAUGUUUCGCCCAAAUAUAUCUUUUGUGGCCCCUCUGCAAGAGAAAGUGGUUUUUGGAUUGUUCUUCUUGGGAGCCAUUCUCUGCCUUUCCUUUUCAUGGCUCUUCCACACGGUGUACUGCCACUCAGAAGGGGUCUCCCGACUCUUCUCUAAAUUGGAUUACUCUGGUAUUGCCCUUCUGAUCAUGGGAAGUUUUGUUCCUUGGCUUUAUUAUUCUUUCUACUGUAACCCACAACCUUGCUUCAUCUACCUGAUUGUCAUCUGUGUGCUGGGCAUUGCAGCCAUUAUCGUCUCUCAGUGGGACAUGUUUGCCACCCCUCAGUAUCGGGGGGUCAGAGCAGGAGUGUUCGUGGGCUUAGGCCUGAGUGGAAUCAUCCCUACUUUGCAUUAUGUCAUCUCAGAAGGGUUCCUGAAGGCUGCCACCAUAGGGCAGAUAGGCUGGCUAAUGCUCAUGGCUAGCCUCUAUAUCACAGGAGCUGCCCUCUAUGCGGCCCGUAUCCCUGAGCGCUUCUUUCCUGGCAAAUGUGACAUCUGGUUUCACUCUCAUCAGCUCUUCCACAUCUUUGUGGUUGCUGGUGCCUUUGUUCACUUCCACGGAGUCUCAAACCUGCAGGAAUUUCGUUUCAUGAUUGGUGGGGGCUGCACUGAAGAGGAUGCACUGUGAUAUUCUCCAGGAACCAGGGACUUUGACCCUGAGCCAGGCCUGCCACUCCCGAAGGCCUUACUGGCUGUCGGUGCCAGUGCCAGAGAAGCCCCCAAACUUGGACAGCCUCACGGGCCUUGUGUUGGCCCAAGGGCUCCAUGGGGUACAAGACUAAGAAGAGAAAAACAAAAAUAAAUCAUACCUCAAAGGAUGGAAUGCAUCAAUUUGGAGAAAAGGAGAAAUGGCUCAUCCCCUGGCUUCCUUUUGGGAUCUACCGAUUGAGAGCAACUCUGCAAGACCCUGGCCUGACAGACUGGCUUCUGGCGUGACCGUAUUUAUUUGUAGAAGAUGGGGAAACAGUUUAGUUGGUGGUUCGUUCUUCUCCCUUUCUUGCUCCUUAAAGCAGUAAUAUGUAUGAGUACCAUGCGCCAACUGAUUGUGCCAUUGGAGCUCCUUAAACAAUAAUCAGAACCAAUUUAGGUGAACAUUUAUAUCCAGUAAAGGGGUGGGAGUGCGGUUUUAAGCACUCCUUUGGGAGAACGAAGAAAUUAAUGUAAAUAAGAUUUCUAAUUUACUGUUUAAAUAAGAAUUUAUAUAAACAUUUAAGACAUAGGGGCAGGGAGGGAGGGAGACAUUUUUUUUUUUUAAAAAUGAAACAUGCAAGUACCACACACUGUUUCAAUUUUGCACAAGUGAUGGGAGGAGGAUGGAAUGGUAGCCCCAGAAUGCACGAUGUCUUGGUGCACCAAGGUGCCUUCCCUAGGCCGAUAACACUUGGACCCUGCUGGGGCAGAGUGUACAGCUCCAGCCCAGGAAUUUCCUGGCCACUCUCUAAGACUGAGAGCCUUUGAGCAUUCAGAGGGGAAGGGAUGUGGAAGGAAGUGGUGCUUUCUCAGUGGAAGCAGCACAGGUUGACAUAAUGGCUCUAGAGAAAGUGUCAUUUGAGAGACUGUUAUGUAGGCUAGUAAUGACCCUUCUGAAGAGUGAUGGUUCUACCACAGAUGGAAUAGAGUUGAAGAAGGGGAGGAGGACCUGAGGGCAUUGGCAUAGGGCUUGUCUGCGAGGUGGUAGUUCUCAUCUGAAUAGAGGUAUGGCCGUUUUCUAGACCCUCUCUGUGGAGCCUUGAGCCAUUCUACAACUUUGCUCUAUUGAGAAUCACUGCCCUAACUGUCCUUCUUCCGCCUGGAAAUCAAAAACUGCCCCAUCCCCCCUCUCAGCAUCAUAGCUCCUGGAAUGGAGCCAGCCACUAGUGAGACUCUGAUAAGCAUGGGUCCCACCUGAAGUCAUACAGGCAGGUGUGGAGAACCAUCCCCUUGGAUUAGGAAUGGUUGCGUUUUUCUCUGGCACACUGUCUUGGUAAACUUGGUGUGACCGAACAGAUUCUUCUCCCCUUGAAUAAGAAAGUCAGUAAUACCUACUGUGGAGUUGUUAGCGCUCACUGGAUGCCAUUUGCAAGAAGUGUGCCUCAGAGUUGAAAAGGAAGUGGUAUGUUAUUGCCAGGUAGUCUGAUAGAAUUAAACCCACAAUUUUGAAUUGCUGCUAGAAGUUACAAAUAAUUUCUCUGUCCUAGGGCCAUCUCAUUAUGGGUUUUAAAGAGUGGCAACAAGUUGGGUCUUGACUCCUAAGUGAGAAACCAAGCACCUGAGUCUCUUAGACUCUAGGUAUCACUCCCUGGGGCUAGUGGGUAUUGUAGUAUAACAUGGGGCCUCAGGCAUCUCAAAGGGGUGUUUGGCAAUCUGAGGAGGUCCUGUUUAUUCAGUAGUGUUUCCUGGUCAUUGUCCUUCCUUUACCUUCAGAUCUCCAUCCAGCUGCCGCUGGGGAUCCAGGAAGGAGUCUAUUGUAAAACCUGGCAAGAACUUGAGAGUAUUUUGGUUGUGGAUAAGGUCACUGCCUUAGGUAGACCAAACAGAAAGCUCUGGGUGAACAGCAUUGUGCUAGACAGAACUAAGAACAGUGUUAAUUCUUCAAGGAGCAGUUUGACAAGACAAUGUCCAUCCGGUAGGAAGCUCACCUAGGUUUGUGGUAGUAACAGCACAUAUCGGAAGCCAGACUUACUCUCUGGUCAUGUACUUUGGGACCUGAGUAUGAGAUGCUUCCUCAUGACACCUACAGAAGUAGAGGUCUUUGGGUCUAGUCAUCCCUCUUCCCAAAGCAGGGAGACUCUGGUUCAACAUAGCACAAACUCUUAGGGAACAGAAUCACCACCAACAAUGUGUAGUCCAAUAACUUCCCUUUGGUAUGUGUGUGGGCAUGUGUGCCCUGUCUGUCUGUCUGCGCAGCUCAUACCAACAGCCUCCAUGUGCACUUGACCUGUGGUGCCUCCGGGAGCUUCCCAGGCUGGCACCUGAAUGCCUUACUCUCAGCAGUCUGAGGCUUGCUUGCUCUGCGCACACGUUUUAUUCUCUUUCUCUUGGUUUUUUUUUUUUUUUUGGCCCUAGGCUGGUUAGGAACCUGUUCACCUUCACUCUGUCAUCAUUGAAUAGUGGCCUUUUUCAGUAUUUCCUCUCUCCUCUAUAAGUUGCUGAAAUCACAAAGCACACUUUUGGGGAUCACUUUUGGGGAUCAUAGAAGGUUGGGGUUCCAGAAAGGCAUCUAUGUGAUGGUUCCAUUCACUAUGGGGACUUCCCUACUUGCUGUCUUCUCAAUUUCUCUAAUAAAAAGAGCCAAAUGGAAAAUGAA